GGCAACUGUGACCCUGCCACUGAACGCGCGCAGCAGUGCAUGCUGGGAUACCAUGGUAUCAUGGCGGAAGCGUUAGCUGGCUAGCGUCGUCGGUGCGCGAUUGUUCGGCUUCGCACGUUUUGGAAACUACGAUCGCGGCGCUUGGAAAAAAAUUCUACUCUCCCUGUCGGGCGUCUAAACUUACACGGGUGUUGAACGAAAAGACGGUAUACCCUUCUAUCAACAAGAGGACUUUUUACGACAGCACCUAAAACGGAUCAAAUGGAGUGUGCAGUGGACGUUCCAGCCGGCGAGGAUGGGACAACAGAAAAAGAUGACUUGAAUUGCAAGGAAGAGACUGAACCACCCCAUAAGAAAAACAAGAAGCACAAAAAGCACAAGAACAAGAAGAAGAAAAAGAAGAGGAGGGGUGAAAAGGAAAGCAGCUCCGGGUCUGGUGCUGAGUCCGAGGCUGAGACGGAUCCUCCAAAGACUGUCCGGACUACUAGAGCCAGUGCAAGGCUGGCUGCAAAAGUCGGAGAAGGUGGGCAGAAGGAAGAGGGUAAAGGAGAUUGUGUGGACAAGGAGGGAGAUGCAAAAUCUAAAAAACACAAAAGGCAUGCUGCUAAGAAGAAGAAAAAGAAGAAGAAGAAGGAUGAAAAGAAAUCCCAGUCUCGUUCCUCAUCUGAUAGCAGCUCCGGUUCAGGAUCUGAAUCUGAAACGGAAGGCCAUGCAGGGACAGGUGAUGGCAAAUCCUCUCCCUCGAUAGCACCUGGCCAGCAUGAGCCAGUGUCUAAAAAUUCCACACUAAACAACAAAGCGGAUGAGAAAGUUGUUGCGAGUCUGCCGAAUCCUGCACCACUCGAAGAGAAGAAAGAGGACAUAUUGGAUAUGGAAGUUUCACAAAGUGCAGAGAAGACCACAAACGAUACUCAGGCCAGUGGAACAGAAAAGGAUAUGAAAUCCCAAUUACCUAGCUUGGAAGAGGUAACACAGACAGGAACAGUUCAGGUUAAGGAAGAAGCCACUCCAGGAGACUCUACAUUCUGUCAUCCCCAUGAACUUCCUGACAUUAUUCCUAAACAGGAAGGUAAUGCAUCUAGAGAUGAGCCAAUCCAGAAAGAUGAAUCCAAUUCAGUACAGCAGGCGACGGUUAAAGAAUCGGAUUCACCAAGGCCACAGUCUCCCCUCCCUUUUAUGGGCCCAGAUAUUAAGCAGAGUGGCUCAAGACAUAGUCGAUCACCAUCACCAAGUCCCCCUAAGCAGCAGAAUGAUGAUCAAACAGUAGCAACAGUGGAAGCACCACCUGAAAAUCAAACAAGGCCAGCCUCAAAGGACAAGCAAUCUCCCACUCCUCUUAAAAAUCGCCAGCUCUCGCGCUCCAUCUCUCGCUCUCCGUCUCCUAAAUCUAGAAGGAAGUCUGUCUCCCCACCAGCCAAGUCACCCAAGAAAGGUCGCCGUCGGUCGUGGUCCACUUCUCGAUCACGUACACCCAAGAGGAAGUCACUAAGGUCUACACGGAGGUCCAAGUCGCCGAGACGUCGGAGGAGCUCCUUGUCUCCGUCCCCAAGGUGGCACAGAAGUCCCCUGUCUACAAGAAGAAGAGGCUCAAGAUCGCCAAAGCGUGGCGGACGCAGGUCGCGCACUAUAUCUCGGUCUCCAAGGAGAAGUCGGAGAUCAAGGUCUCGUUCACGGGGGCGUUUAAGGCGUUCCCGGACCCGCUCGCCCAGGCGCGGCGCUGCAAGCAGUAGGCGGUCGCGGUCACGCUCAUAUGCCAGGGCGCGUCGCUCCAGAUCCAGGCGCCGUUAUCGCCGCUCCAGGUCGCGUUCCUUGGCAAAACGUACCGGUGGCAGGCGCUCAAGGAGUCGAUCUUUGUCACGACAUAGGAGGUCACCGCCUCCCAGAGCACGCCGCUCACGUUCCAGAUCUGUCCGCAGGAGCAGGCGGACUCGAUCCCGCUCUGUCGCAACCUAUAAACGUCAGCGGCGCUCUAGAUCAAGGAGUCCCCGCAAACGGACCAAAUCCCGAACUCCCAUUUCACGCUGGCGCUCCAAAUCCAGGUCUCCACUCAGAAGGCGUUCUCGUUCUCCUGCCAGGAGAAGGCGGUCUCCGCCAAGGUCUAGCAAACGCUCUAAAUCCCGCUCGUUGCCUAGAAGGCGCAGGUCAAAGUCACGUUCCCCACCGUUGAGCAGAAAGAAGUCCAAAUCACCAAGGAUCCGUGUCAGAAGGUCAAAGUCAAAAUCUGUCUCUGUUGGCUUGCACAGAUCCAAGUCCAGAUCGCGGUCUGGGUCAAGUGAUAGGCGGUCUGAUAAGUCGUCCCACGCCGGCUCCGCUUCACCCCCUCUUGAGCAGCAGUCGUCUUCUCCCCAGGCAGAUCGAGGAUCUCCAGAAAAGACAGCUGACAUACCUGAAGCCAUUCCUGCAGCAGGUGGUUGGAAGCCUGUGACCUCACUAGUUGAUUCCGGUCCUCCAACUGAGGAGGAGGUGCAGGAACAGCCUCAAGACACCGAACCCAUUCGUGAAAAAGAAGAAGAACAGAGGGAGGGGGAGAAGGAGCUGGAGCAGGAGAAGGAGGCGGAGCGGGAGAAGGAGGUGGAGGAGAAGGAGACGGAGCUGGAGAAGGACACGGAGGAGGAUGAGGUGGAGAAGGAGACAGAGGUGGAGAUGGCGAUGGAGGAGAAGGAGGCAGAGGAGGAUGAGGUGGAGAAGGAGACAGAGGUGGAGAUGGCGAUGGAGGAGAAGGAGGCAGAGGUGACGGAGGAGAAGGAGGCAGAGGUGACGGAGGAGAAGGAGGCAGAGGUGACGGAGGAGAAGGAGGCAGAGGUGACGGAGGAGAAGGAGGCAGAGGUGACGGAGGAGAAGGAGGCAGAGGUGACGGAGGAGAAGGAGCCAGAGGUGACGGAAGAGAAGGAGCCAGAGGUGACGGAAGAGAAGGAGCCAGAGGUGACGGAAGAGAAGGAGCCAGAGGUGACGGAAGAGAAGGAGCCAGAGGUGACGGAAGAGAAGGAGCCAGAGGUGACGGAAGAGAAGGAGCCAGAGGUGACGGAAGAGAAGGAGCCAGAGGUGACGGAAGAGAAGGAGCCAGAGGUGACGGAAGAGAAGGAGCCAGAGGUGACGGAAGAGAAGGAGCCAGAGGUGACGGAAGAGAAGGAGCCAGAGGUGACGGAGGAGAAGGAGCCAGAGGAGAAGGAGGAAGAGGUGAUAGAAGGGAAGGAGGCUGAGGAGAAGGAGGCUGAGGAGAAAGAGGCGGAGGAGAAGGUGACAGAGGAGAAAGAGGUGGAGGAGAAGGUGACAGAGGAGAAAGAGAUGGAGAAGAAGGAGGAGGCUGAGGAGAUACGCAACGAACACGCUGAUUCUGAGGUGGGGUCUGGCUCCCAAGAACCUGUUACCGGACCAGACGGAUCGGAAUGUUUUGAAGGCUCAGAUGAAGCAAUGGAAAGUUCUUCUUCACCAGUAAAAACAACAGACAAGUCCCUGAGAAGCCCCUCACGUUCAGCAUCUCCAGAAAGGCGGGGACAAGAGCCUUUGCCUUCACCUGCACAUCACAAGGAACCUUCCCGCUCACCUUCGCCUCGAAAGAGGUCAAGGUCUCCGGUGAAAAAGAGAAGAUCGGUCUCACCGUCAGAAAAAAAGAAGCGCCGGUCAAGAUCUCGGAGUACUGGCCGGCGCAAAAAAUCCAGCCCUUCUCGGUCCUCCACGCGACGCAGGCGAUCUCGUUCUAAGUCUCGCACCAGGGCACGGCGAUCCAAGUCCCGCUCGCCAGCACGCAAGAGACGCUCCCGCUCGCCCAACGCCAGGGGGAGGAAACGAUCCAAGUCCGCGGACAGGAACAAGAGGUCGCGCAGCCGAUCCACCGGCCGCAAGAAAAGAUCUAGGUCAGGAGACAGGGGCAGGAGGUCUAGGUCUCGUUCCUCUGACCGAAGACGCAGGUCCAGGUCCAGGGGUCGAGGGAAACGACCUGUGUUUCGCAGUCGCUCUUUUGAUAGACGGGAUAGGUGGAAGAGGGAGCCCAGCCACUCCCCCGUUCUGAUUCUUCGCAAACAGCGCCGCUCGGGGUCGCGGACACGGCGCAGCGUCAGCAAGUCGCCUCCAAGGCUCACUGACCUGGAUAAGGACCAGUUACUGGAGAUCGCCAAGGCCAACGCAGCUGCAAUGUGUGCCAAAGCAGGGGUGCCCAUUCCCGAGAGUCUGCGGCCAAAAGCAAUCCUCCAGCUUCCCCUGCCCACCCCGUCUCCCUCGCCGCUUUCCCUCCCACUGCCUUUGCCCCUCCCCAUGGGCAUGGGGAUGCCCAGCAUGGGUCCAAUGGGCUUGCCCGCCAUUCCAGGAAUGCCCAACAUGUCAAACAUCACCAUGAGUGCGGCCAUGGCGAGUAUGACGGCGGCCACCAUGACGGCCGCCUUGACCAACAUGGGUGCCUUGGCGGCCAUGCCUCCCCUGGCCCCGCUGCCCACCAUCACAAACAAACCUCCCCCGUGUCUCGCUCCGCCGACCCCAUCCCUGAACCUGGACCACAUCGAGGAAGCGAAACGGAAGGUCACUCAGCAGGCCAACAUCCACACCAUAAAGGAGCUGACAGAGAAAUGUAAGAUGAUUGCCAACAGUAAGGAGGAGAUGGCUGUAGCUAAACCUCAUGUCUCAGAUGAUGAAUUCUAAACUCUUCAAACCCUCAAGGCGCUCACUGACUAGAAGUUAGACAAACUCUGUGAAGAUAUUUUUCCCUUCUUAGGACCCGCACAGAAAAAUCUAACAAAGACAAGGAUAUAUUUUUUUUUUUUUUACACCCACUUUAGUUUUCUCUGGAAGUCACAUGACGUUGCCGAGUCUAUCCCAAAAGACGAGCAGUCCUUUUUGCCAACCGCGUGGCUUGUAUUUGCGUGGCCGGGUCGUGCGAUACCACUCAAGAAACUGGACACGUUGACUUCUCGCGUGCAUGAUCGACCGUAAGACUAAAGUGCGACUGUCUGCGCGUGGGUGUAUAUAGUGAUUUUUCACCAACAAACAUCCCCUCAGUGUUGCUGCUUGUUCGAGCAGUCACUGUUGUAAAGACUGAAACCAAACUUACUAGUGGCGCAUUUGGUUUUGUAAAAACUUAGAUCUGAAUUGGUUUUACUUUUAAAGCUUUCUUAAAGGACUGCGUUAAGCGGACACUGAUUCCCUGUUCUGCUGUAUUCCUUAGUUGUUGCUUUGUUUUUUUUUUUUUUUGUUUGUUUUUUAAACAUUGUUUCAGCUGUUUUUCAUGCAUGAUUUGUCGACACGAGCUCGGGAAGUGUUUGGUUUCCAAAAAAAAAAGAAAAAUUGUGGAAUAACCCACGGAGGCGGAUUAGAUGGAGCGACAUCUCCUUGUCACAAAACAUCAAAAUUCAAUUAGUUCUGCCCCGGUUGUGAUUAGGUUUCUUUUUAAAGCGGCAGCUAAAUUUAACUCGGAGAUGCACGAACAGAGGAAAUAAUUCAUUGUUUUACAAGCAGUUGGACGACUUAAUUGGAGCGAUAGCGGGUUUGAAAAGCUCGAGACGUCGCGAGCUCUGAUAUCAACAGUGGAUCAGACAAUCACUUGUUUUUGACGACAUAUUAAUGUCGUCAAUCACAAUAGAAAUUGCAUCCAUGUCAAAUCACUGCAGUGAGAAGUGAUUAUGCUGUCAUCCUCUUCUGACCAAGGCUGUCUUAACUGUGCAAGAUUAUUAAGCAAAGGCCCCCACCCCCCCCCACCCCCAACCAUAUCCCUGCUUCUUUGUCUAACGCGUUGAAUUCCUUUGUAUUGCCAUUUAGCUGUUUUAAAGAUGGGGGUGCGGGGGGGGGGGGGGGGGAAAAUGCAUUUUACGAUUGUUUUGGAGGGCUCAUUAGAAUAAGACGUUGCUUGUUCUGUAUAUAAAUGUGAUAAUGAUUAUUAAAA